AAUGCACGUUGCAGGCAUAAUAGAGAAUGAGGAUUGCAAAGUGUAUUAUGUGUCAUCAAAAGAAGAGUAGGUGGUGAAAUCAGUAGAUCAAGUAGCGGUUUAUAGUUCAAGGACCCUAGUUAAGUUUAGGUACAAAGCAGCUGCGCUAAAAGCUGCGCAAAGAGAGCGAUCAAUGUCUAUGGAAACUGUGCCUGAAUAAUUGAUGUUUUUCGAUACUUCUAUCCUCUUGAACUUUUCCAUAGAUGGGCUUGGUCUCAUCUACAAAGUAAAUUGUUUGUGUAAUUAAUAAGGGGAUUUGAAAUACUUGUAUCGUGGCAAAAUGAGCAGAAAAGUAUGACAAGAAUAAGGCACUGAAAAGACAAGUAUAUGAGUGAAUCCGCUGGCGCAAUGAUUGGUUGGGGGCACAGGAAAGGCCGGCCUGCCACGCCAGCGUGAUUGGCGUGCUGGUAAAAAUGAGACUAAGAGUUGGACGAUGCCAACUCGUGUCAGGUCACACUUGACCAAAGGAAGACGAUGUAAAGGCAGGAGAACCAUUCAUCCUGAAAACCCGUGUAGCAAAGGGCAGGUACGUCCAGGGACGCAGCAACUACCAAGCAGCCGUUCUAAAGCUGUAAACUUCUCGGAGAAAGUUGAGCGCACAAUGGCUUUGAGUUCUGCAAGCGCCAUCGACCAACAAGCUCUGACACGAGUGUGGGAGGAGGUCGAUACUGUGGGACGUGGUGGGACGUACACUGUCAAGUUGCAAUACUAUCAGACCACUCCAGACCACGCUUACUCCAACGCGUCUCACCAGACUACUCCAGGCCACGCGUACUCCGACACGUCUCACCAGACCACUCCAGACCACGCUUACUUCAACGCGCCUCUUCAGACCACUCCAGACCAUGUUUACUCUGACGCGCCUCCGGACCAGCAGAGACCUGCACUUCCAAAUGACGUCUUCAAGCCAUAUCCGAAUGACACACAACUCCAUAAGACGUUCAGCGAGAAUCGAUUGAGAAUAGAACGCGACAACAAAAUCAAGAUCAUUACGAACAUUUUCAAGGUCCACUUCAAGUUUCACCAAUCAACCGAGAUGAGCAGUUGA